UCUAGAAGACAGAGAGAGAGGGUAGGUGUGAGCUGUGGCAGCGGAGAAAGGUAAGAAAGGGUGAGGUUAGGUGUUGGCCGUGGCUGUGGAGAAAGGUGAGAGAGGCUGUGGGCUGUGGAGAAGGGAAGGUGAGAAGGGUUAGUUGCUGCUCGAAUCUCCUCUGCUUAAAAAUCCCUCAGAAAAUUAAAAAAGCUAUUUCUCUUCUCACCAUAUCAGUUCCCGAUACUGCAUUUUCUAUCCGGGCGUAAAAUAUCGGUUUGGGGAAGGGAUUAGGGUUUCGGAGGAAUGGCGAACAUCGACAUUGAUGGGAUUCUGAAGGCGCUUCCGCAUGAUGGCCGAAUACCGAAGACGAAGAUUGUGUGCACGCUGGGCCCGGCGUCUCGAUCGGUGCCGAUGAUCGAGAAGCUCCUCAGGGCUGGGAUGAAUGUUGCCAGGUUCAAUUUCUCGCAUGGGACCCAUGAGUAUCAUCAGGAAACUUUGAACAAUCUCAAGAUUGCAAUGCAUAAUACGCAGAUCUUGUCCGCCGUCAUGCUCGAUACGAAGGGACCUGAGAUUCGGACUGGCUUCCUAAAGGAUGCAAAACCGAUCCAAUUAAAGGAGGGUCAGGAAAUAACAGUUACUACUGACUACGACAUUAAGGGUGACGUUAACAUGAUUUCUAUGAGUUACAAGAAGCUUGCUGUAGACUUGAAGCCUGGAAAUACCAUCUUGUGUGCGGAUGGUACCAUUACUCUCACUGUUUUGUCUUGUGACCCGGCUUCUGGAACUGUGAGGUGCCGUUGUGAGAACACUGCAGUCCUGGGUGAGAGGAAGAACGUCAAUCUUCCAGGCAUCGUGGUGGAUCUCCCCACACUCACAGAGAAGGAUAAGGAGGACAUCUUAGGGUGGGGCGUGCCCAACAAUAUUGAUUUGAUUGCUCUGUCAUUCGUGCGCAAGGGAUCAGAUCUUGUUAACGUGCGCCAGGUUCUUGGGCCGCAUGCAAAGCGCAUACAGUUGAUGUCCAAGGUUGAGAACCAGGAGGGUGUAAUAAACUUUGAUGAAAUCCUACGGGAGACAGACUCUUUCAUGGUUGCUCGAGGUGACCUUGGAAUGGAGAUCCCUGUUGAGAAGAUCUUCCUUGCCCAGAAGAUGAUGAUCUACAAAUGUAACCUAGUAGGCAAGCCUGUUGUCACCGCCACCCAGAUGCUUGAAUCCAUGAUCAAGUCCCCUCGUCCGACACGUGCGGAGGCUACCGAUGUUGCCAAUGCUGUCCUUGAUGGCACCGACUGCGUCAUGCUCAGUGGUGAGAGUGCAGCUGGGGCAUACCCAGAGCUUGCUGUCAAGAUCAUGGCUCGUAUCUGCAUCGAGGCAGAGUCCUCCCUCGACUAUGGGGCCAUCUUCAAGGAGAUGAUACGGUCAACACCACUGCCCAUGAGCCCACUGGAGAGCCUCGCCUCCUCAGCCGUCCGUACAGCCAACAAGGCCAGGGCCAAGCUCAUUGUCGUGCUGACGCGUGGUGGCACCACGGCCAAACUUGUGGCCAAGUACCGACCCGCUGUGCCUAUACUCUCGGUAGUGGUCCCCAUCUUAACGACAGACUCGUUUGAUUGGAUGAUCAGCGAUGAGACGCCAGCGAGGCACAGCCUGAUUUACCGGGGCCUGAUUCCGCUGCUAGCAGAAGGCUCCGCCAAGGCCACUGAUGCAGAGUCAACAGAGGUGAUCUUGGAUGCCGCCCUCAAGUCUGCAACUUUGAGGGGUUUGUGCAAGCCAGGUGAUGCAGUCGUGGUGCUGCACCGCAUAGGUGCUGCUUCGGUCAUCAAAAUUUGCUUGGUGAAAUGAAUGAUGGAUUAGCCUCAAGAGAGACUAUGGCCUGCCUCCAUCAUCUCUUCCUUGUGCUUUCAUUAUGAGUUUUCCAGUCCUUGGAAGGAUAUUCUACUUGUCUGGAGUCCUAGUUGUAUCUUUCUCUUUCAACUCAGUUUGUAUCUUGGUACUAUGGUGGAAUUUCUUAAGUUGCUGAUUUUUCAUUUUUGCAUGAAUCUGGUUUUGAAAUGGUGUUUUGUUAGUUGAAUGUAUCAUUGUUGAUGCUUGUUCCUGCAGAUUACAACAUUGCAAAUAUUAAACGUACAAAAAUUUAGGUUGGUUUGGUUUGGA